GUGCGGUGCGUUUACCAUGGCUUUACCCACAGAAAGAGUAUUUAAAAAGGAAAGGGAUGAGUCCAGCGCUCCUGACUCCGUCACCCCCUCCUGAAAAAACUCCGCUUUCUCUCCGGCUGGCUGCGCGGCCCUCGGUCUGGAUCGGCAUAAAUGAAUGAAACACAAGGGAAUAUCGGCAGACAAUCGCACCGGAAAACUCUCUGUCAAACCAGCCUGCCAGGAGGAAUUUAUGUCGGGCUUGACAGGCAACGCAACAUGACUUUUUCCCUCUGGAAGUUCAUCACGAGCUUGUCAAAUGCGUAAAGCGGCCGCCGGUGUCUUCUGCCCCUCUUUGCAAAGGAGUCACGCUGUGAUUAACGGAUCAGGUUUUUGACUGCCAGGACAAAUGAAUACAAAUGAAUUUAGGCACCCGAAGGAGAGAUUGCAGAACCUCUCAUCUAGACACAAAGAGAGCCCUAUUGCUCUGUACCGUAUUAUAUUGUACUUGUUACCUGGGACUUACACAAGUACACUCUGAAGAUGUGGACAUCCUCCAAAAGUUGGGGCUUAAGGGAGAGAAGCCGUCUCGCUCUGUGCCAGCAGGGGUCAUUCCAUUCAGAUCAGGGAUCAUCAUCAACCAGCGUGCGCACAUUGAUGCUCCACUACGCUCACUCUUCCCAGCAGCGGUCUGGCCCAACCUGGCACUGGUCCUGAGUGUGCGCUCACAUCGAAUCAACAGUGCUUUCCUCUUCAGUCUGCUGUCCGACCGCAGGAAGCUUCUUCUUGGUCUGCAGCUUGUUCCAGGAAAUCUGGUCCUUCACACGGGACCAAACACCUCAGUGGCACUGCCUUAUGAGCCACACGAUGGCCAGUGGCACCAGCUUGCAGUUGGAAUAAAUGGACGGAGAGUGACUCUAUAUGCCUCCUGCGGAGAGCAGAGUGUUCAUGCAGACUUUGGGUGGGACAGUGAUGAGGGAUUGGCUCCAGAGCUCCAGAGCUCCUUCCUGCUGGGGCGAACAAGUCAGCAACAAGCCUCAGCACACUUUGAAGGAGCCAUCUGCCAAUUUGAUCUGGUCCCUUCUGCACAGGCAGCUCACAACUACUGCAAGUACAUUAAGAAACAGUGCAGGGAAGCUGACACAUAUAGGCCUAACCUUUCUCCCCUGCUGCCAAUCCUACCACGUGAAGCAAACGUCACAGCUACAGCUGCUACUCCUAAACGUAGUAGCCCUGAAAAGGUCAGGAAACCCACAAGGCUGAGCCUUGCCAAGAGUGUUGCCGCUGCUGCCUCAGCCGUCAGAGUUGUGGCCUCCCCCCAAAAAAUAAAGCCCACUCCCGGGAUAAUUUCUACACCCCUGCUGGUAACUGAGAUGCCAGUCACAGUCCAGCUUGGUUUAGCCUACCCACUUCUGAACUCCAGGACCGAAACUGUCACAGCACCACUCAGGACAAGAAUACCCCCCACAAAACCACCAACCCCAAGACCCACCACUUUUAAAACUUCAAAACAGAAACCCUCCAAACCUACUGCCCCAAAGCCGACUCCUCAUAAUAGCCCCAAAAAGACAACUGCAAGAACAGACAACAAGAAAAAACCGACUAUUCCAGCCACCACCAGCACCAAACCCUCCAAGACAAAACCUAACUCUGCUGUGUCAAACCAAGAUGCAGUUCCAAAGAAACCACAGCCCACCACAACCAAAAAGACAUUUCCCAAUCCUAAAGCCACUCCAUUCAAACCCAAAGCAAAUUCUGUCAAAGUCGUCCCGUCUAAACCAACAUUAUCCAAAGUCAACCCCUCAAAAUCAACAAUCUCCAAAAGUCCCAUCACCAAAACCUCCAAACCAACGUCCAAACAGGUCACCAAGCCAGCAAAGCAGGUCAAAACAACCAAGGCUCCAGUCACCCCACCACCUACCAGACCUUCAUUCAACACUGUAACACCUCCUGCUACUGAUGGCUUCCAGAGCUGGGAGGUGCCACCCACUCAGUUCUCCCUGCUUGCUGGACCUGUAGGACAGAAAGGAGAAAAAGGCCCACCGGGACUACCAGGACCUCUGGGGAAGCCAGGUCUGCCAGGCAAGAGGGGUCCUCGGGGAGCGCCUGGUCCCCAUGGAAACCCUGGCCGAUCUGGUCCACCUGGGCUCAAGGGGAGGAAAGGAGACCCUGGCAUCUCACCUGGACCAGCACCUAAAGGAGAUAAGGGAGAUCCAGGGGUUAUUGGCCCAGUUGGCCUGAUUGGACAACAAGGCCGAACGGGACAAAAAGGUUACCCGGGUCCACCUGGACUCCCUGGAGAGCCUGGAGAGCAAGGUCCAGUUGGAAGCCCAGGUGCCAAAGGUUAUCCUGGCAGGCAGGGUUUACCAGGGCCUGUAGGACCGAUGGGGCCUAAAGGCGUUCGGGGUUUCAUUGGAAUCCCGGGGCUUUUUGGUCUUCCUGGGCCUGAUGGCGAAAGAGGAAUUGCCGGUGAACCAGGGAAGAAGGGCAAGAUGGGUAGGCCGGGGUUUCCGGGGGACUUUGGAGAGAGAGGACCACCUGGACCCGAUGGAGAACCAGGUGACAUGGGAGCCCCUGGUCCAAACGGAGUCCUUGGACUGAUUGGUGAUAUGGGACCUCUGGGAGAGAUGGGCCCUCCAGGACCGAAUGGACUGAAGGGGGUGCCCGGAAAUCAAGGAGAACCCGGACUGAAAGGUGAUAAGGGUGAAAUUGGGAUUCCUGGAGCACAAGGGGAUAUCGGGUACAAAGGAGACAAGGGCAUCCAAGGAACUCCAGGGUUACCAGGCAUCCGUGGAAAACCAGGACCACAGGGCAAGCAAGGGGAGAGAGGGCCUGAUGGUGCAUCUGGACCUGCAGGCCCUGAGGGCUUUCCUGGCGACAUGGGACCGCCAGGAGAGAACGGCCUUGAAGGACCAAAGGGGAAACUAGGGGCCAGAGGUUUACCAGGACCUCGUGGGUUGCCUGGCUUGGAGGGAGAUGAGGGCCCGAUAGGACCAGCAGGCCCAACAGGACUGGAAGGAAGAAUGGGCAGAAAGGGAUUUCCUGGGAAGGUUGGGCCAGAGGGAUUGAAGGGGGAGUCUGGUGUCGCAGGAAAUGUUGGACUCAUGGGAGAAAGAGGCUUGGUGGGUUUCAUCGGACCUGUAGGAGAGGCGGGACUGGCAGGAGAGAAGGGCGACCGAGGGGAGAUGGGCCUUCCUGGACCACCUGGAGAAAAGGGAAUAACGGGUCACCCAGGGACACCAGGGGAGACUGGACCUGCAGGACCGCUAGGGAGACCAGGCCCCCCUGGAGUGAUCGGGCCAGACGGUACCAGAGGACCCAAAGGCUUGAGGGGAGCGAUGGGGCCUGAUGGUCCAACAGGAGAGACAGGGUUAAAGGGCAUGGAGGGUCUUGAUGGUCCUCCAGGAAAAUUAGGUUUCCCUGGACCACAGGGGAAGAUUGGAGAGGCAGGGGAAACUGGGCCUAAAGGUUUUCCUGGAAUCGCAGGGCCCUCGGGACCUCCAGGGGACAAGGGAAUAGCAGGCGAGCCGGGACCACCUGGGCCACCAGGGACUCUAGGACUGUUGGGAGAAAUAGGCCAAACGGGUCCUCCAGGCAAAGUUGGAGAGCCAGGAUUGUCAGGCGAAACAGGCGAGAAGGGAUCCAUUGGCCCUGCUGGGAACAUUGGAGAACAGGGACUAAUAGGACAACGGGGAGAACCAGGCCUAGAGGGAGAGGCUGGUCCAGCUGGUCCUGAUGGAACCAAGGGUGACAAAGGUGAUGUGGGUCAGGAGGGCGAUAAUGGAGAAAAAGGUGAAACUGGAUUAAAGGGAAAGGAGGGCCCACCUGGAAGUCCUGGACUCACUGGCGUCAGAGGUCAAGAAGGAAAAUCUGGCAAAAUUGGUGAAAGAGGCAGACUAGGGUCAAAGGGCGCUAAAGGUCUUCAAGGUCACCUUGGGGUCACAGGGCAAAUGGGAAAGACCGGACCGCCGGGCUUUGUUGGACCAAAGGGCUCCAGAGGAACUAUUGGACAUGUGGGAGCACCUGGUCGAAUGGGCCAACAGGGUGAAACCGGUAUCGCAGGUUAUGAGGGCCACCAGGGAACAUCGGGGCCCAUGGGGCCUCCAGGAUCAAAAGGUGAAAAGGGUGAGCAGGGGGAUGAUGGAAAAGUUGAGGGUCCUCCUGGUCCUCCAGGUGACAUAGGUACUCCAGGUGACAGAGGAGAGAGGGGGGAAUCGGGAGAUACGGGGUACAAAGGUCAGAUUGGAGUGGAUGGAGAGAGAGGCAGAGCUGGAGCUUCUGGACAACCUGGACAUCCCGGACCUCAUGGUCAACAAGGACACAAAGGAGCCAAAGGAGAUCAAGGUCAGAAAGGCAAAAAGGGUCAGACAGGACAAAAAGGAAACAGAGGAACCGAGGGUGGUGGUGGUCCUCCUGGUCCCAGAGGUGUGGUGGGUCGAGAGGGGCUGGAGGGUGUGCCGGGGCCAGAUGGAAUCCCAGGGAAGGAUGGCAGUCCAGGCAUGCUGGGAGAACACGGUGAUGACGGGGAGACUGGUCUUCCUGGCAAAGCUGGUUCACGUGGUAAAAUUGGCGUCCCAGGACUCCCAGGAGAUCAGGGAGGCUUUGGGCUAAAGGGUGAGCAGGGUCUUCGCGGUCAGGGUGGUGCUUUGGGAAAAAGAGGCUUCAGAGGUGGAAUGGGGUUGCCAGGGCCACAGGGAGACCUCGGACCUAAAGGACAACCUGGUGACACAGGAGAAUCCGGUUUUCCGGGGAUUCUGGGAGUUUUUGGACCAAGGGGCCCUCCGGGAGACUUUGGGCCAAAGGGCAUACGGGGACCAAAGGGGCCACAGGGCACAAUGGGCAGAGCAGGAGUGGUUGGUCCAGUGGGAAUUAGUGGCCCCCGUGGACGGCUGGGUCCCAGAGGAGAGAAGGGUAAUCGUGGAGAGACUGGAUUACAAGGGCCAAGAGGGUCUGCUGGACCUCGUGGACCCCCUGGACUUCCAGGUCCCCCGAGUAUUCCGGCAUCAUUUAAUAAGCCAGUGAUGGACCUGCCAAUGGACCAGGGGGCAGAGAUCUCGAAGACCCUCCACUACCUCAGUAACCUGAUCCAGAGCCUGAAGAACCCACUGGGAAAUCGGGACAACCCGGCCCGCAUCUGCAGGGACCUGCACAGCUGUGAACUGAAGUUGAAGGAUGGCACUUUUUGGAUUGACCCCAACCUGGGCUGUUCGUCAGAUACAAUAGAAGUCUCCUGCAACUUUACUGGAGGUGGACAGACAUGCCUGAAGCCAGUAACAGUAACCAAGCCCACAGUCAGUGUCGGUCGUGUCCAGAUGAACUUCCUGCACCUGCUGAGUUCAGAGGCCGUGCAGCACGUCAUCAUCCACUGCCUGAACGUAUCGGUUUGGAGAUCAGCUGAGGACCAGCCAGUUGCCCAGGGCCCUGUGAGAUUCAAGGCUUGGAGCGGAGAAGUGUUUGAGUUGGGAGGAGAGCUCGAGCCAGACGUCAUAGAGGACUCCUGCGCUAUUAAAGAUGGUCGCUGGCAUCAGACGCAUUUUGUGUUCCACUCCCUGGACCCCACCCUACUCCCUGUGGUUGACAUCUACAACCUCCCAAACUCUACUCCUGGCUCGCAUUACCACCUAGAAGUAGGUCCCGUGUGUUUCCUGUGAUGCUGCGGUGUCAACCCUCUGAGCACGGAGGGACGGAUCAUCACCCUUGAAUGACAUCUUUAUGCAGACAUGGCGAUCGGAGCAGUCUCGUCCAUUCCAUGGCGAAACACUGCCCAAGCGAGAAUGAAUCCCUCCUCCCAAACAGAUCCUGCUUCACUCUGCCAGAUUCUUCUUGGGACUGCAGACACAGAGGGAGGAUGCAUUGGGAAGCAGGGGGUACAUCAAAAAUCUAAGGAGGAGCAGGGAAGUUCUUGCACUAAUGGCUUCUCAAUAUGGCAAAAGCUUCUUUAAGCUCUUCAAGAAGGAUCUCCACCCGUACUGCUGCUUGGAGUGGAGAAGAAAAUACGGCUCGAUGCCACACAUUCUCUCUGGAACAUUGCUGAGUGAAGGGAGAUCAAGGCCAAGUCAAUCAGUGAACAUUAUAAUAACUUAUUUUUGUAACUAUAUACAGUUUGUAUACUGUUUGUACUUUUUUUUUUUUGAAAUACCAGGAAUUCCGUUCUGUCAGAAGAGAAGAAUUAAAGUAAUUGGGAUCAGUUAAAUGUACAUAUAUAAGUAUAUGUAUUAUUAACUUGUAUACAUGUAUAUCUUAUGUAAAAAAAAAAAAAAAAGUAAUCUUCAAGUGCAAUAGAAAAUGGGAAUAUAAUUUGAUAUUUUAAACUAAUAUGGAAGGAUUUUUCAGGGGUGCCAGUCUCUUUACCCUUGGUGCUCAUCUCCUCAUGAUCUUGCCCUCGUGAAUUCUUUUUUAAGCAGCAGGCUCACGGAGCAGAUAUCACAUCUGUGUUCACUAGAGCUCCAAAUGGGAGAUUUCAGACUCCUCCCCAGUGUGGGAAAACAAGAAACACUCAUCAGUCAUCUGCCAGUAAAUUGCAUCUGACGCCACCAAAAAAUGCACACAAAACCGUCCAUAUGGAGAGUGUUGGUGCAUUAAAUACGUAUUACUCGUACGCCAUUGAAGUAGAUGCCACUGAUGAUUAAGGGGGAAAUUUAUGCGGUCAUGGAGAUCAGAGGUCAGAAGGAAAAUGUAAUUAAGAGUAUAGAGCUCUAUUUUGUAAUAGUGUUUUAUUUACAUUUCUCCACGUCUGUGGAGGCUUACAAUUACAACAUGUAAAAAAUAAAAAGUAAAAGAUAUGAUGUACUCGGCAUCACAUGGGGCCAGGAGAAUCUUUGUCUUCCUUUCUCAUAGUACAUAGACCACAGGUACAGUAAAGGCAAUUCUAUGAGGAGAACUGAGCCAGAAGAGUGGGUCCAGGAAUCUAUAUAUAAAUAAAAACCCAUUGUUGUAACCCGACCUUCUCUCUAUUGCAUGGUGCUAAGUAAAUCAUCUAAGGUGCUAAUCAUAGUGCUGUAAUUACACCACUUAACUAAAAUAUUGUUGUUUAUUUUUGUUUAUUGUGCAUGCUUGCUUAGAAGAAUAAAAAAGUCCAUAUAUUGCCAUAGCUUCCAUAAUGCACUUCAAUGGUUAAAAAAAACAAACCCAUACAGUUCUCCAUAGUAAUAAUAAUAAUAAUACUAAUAGUCAAACAUUAGAUGCUUAUUCUGCAGGAAAAUAUUUUAGCAAUAACUCUGUGAACUAUAAAACAGAUUCUCCUUUUCUAGCCAACAUAAAUCACAGGGUUUGAAGUAUUUUUUAAGCUCUUUUUAAAAUCUCUGUACAAAG